UUAUGUUUGCUCAGCCGACUACACUGAUCGCGAUUUUCAUGAUCGGGUGCACUGAACUAGCUGACAUGGCAUGAAAACAAGCAGGUGGAUUCCCACGGAAAACACAUGUACUCGCUCACUGAAUAUCUCCUCUAGUUGAGCAGAAGUGCUGUUUUCGCCAAAGACUUAAUGCGAUCACUGAAUGACCGACUGCAGUGUUAAAGUCACUAGGCAAGCCGACCCGUGAGUUAACCAUUGUGCGUGCCACCGCAUAUUGCGUGGAGAUUACACCAGGAAGGACGCACCGGAUGUUCACAUAAUUAAACCAUGGCAACCAGCAUGGGAGGAGAAGAUAUUGAAGCGGUAGCUCUGAUAAACAAUAUCUCUGACGAGACACAUAACCCAAAAGACGAUGACGUCAUAAUUGAGAUACCCGAUGAAAACGGAGGCCUGCGACCGACAAAUGUAAACCAAAUUCUGCCAGAGGGGAAGGAUUAUCAUCUCUUCUUUGCCUACAGCUCUGACGAUUCGGCUUUUGUAAGACAGAGAGUAAAAUCUUUGGAAAGCCCACCAUAUAAUCUUAAGUGCUGUUUUAGUGACAGGGAUUUCUUGCCCGGUAAGCCAAUCCACGAGAACAUAGAGUGGUUAAUGCCUCGAUGCAUGAAGAUCGUUCUCGUCCUCUCCCCAAGUUUCUACGAAAGCGGGUGGUGCCAGAUGGAAGAGAGGCUGGCACACGCUUUCAGUGCCACCAGUGGUUUGGGAGUUAUUCCCCUUGUUCACAAACCCUGUCAAAUUCCAGACACCCUGAAAACGCUGAAUUACAUAGACGAAACUAGAGCGGAAGAAGCAGACAAUAAACUUUUGGAGGCCGUCUUUGCCCCAGCUGGGCCUUCCAACGUUCUCCCAAACUGGUUCAAUCCCCGUAAAGACGUUAACGGCUGUGGAGUGUGGCUGCCAGCCACUGAGGCAUCACCUUGUGGCUACAACUGGAUCUUCCCGGACAUCACACAAGCUGACAUCAACGUUUUGAGGGACAUUGGCGCCAACGUGCACCUCAAAGACCUGGAUCGCGUGAUUGACGUGGUGAACAACCAUUGGGCACUCACGUAUUACGGAUUUCUGCCAUGUUCCCGGCAUGCCUGUGGGAAGGGCUGCUGUCUAGGCUUCCUGAUAUUUGCCGUUUUCCAGUUAAUUAUUGCCGGGAUAUCAAUGCAUUUUCGGUUACUGUUAUCUGUGCAAGCUGUGAUAGGAUAUUUUUGUAUGUUUGUAAUUAUCCCAAUCGUGGUUGUUUCUUGCUGGAGAUCCAAACACGUGGCCAUCAGAAAGGCUGAACGGAAAUUAAGUAGGGUUUUGCUGGAGAAAAAUCGUAUUUUGUACCGAAAGUGUAAAGUUAUCGUGUCCGUGAGGGUUGACCCUACCCCGAAGAUUGCUGUGGUUUAUUACAAUACUCAGCGAUGCAAGGAUUUCAUCAAAGAACUGUUGAAGAACAACAGGGGUGGUGAAAGAAUGGAUCAGGUCAAUGAUGAAGAACUGGACGCACGAGCUGACGCCAUCGUGGACAACCUUGUUGACAAGCUUGCCUCAAAAUUUGCCAGAUGGGAGGAAAUCCAGGCGGCAAACUUUCUUCGUCAUAAGACAAAGCAAGACAAAUUGUGUCUUUGUCAGCUGUACGAAGCUUCAUCUGAGCAUUCUUUUUAGCCAAGAAUUGGCCGCUGGUAACCAUCUAACAGGAUUUGACACAAAAGUAGGAUUAUUUCCAAUAAACUGUACGUGCGUUAUGCUGUAUAAGAAUGUGGCACUCGCCAGCAAUUUCGCUGAUAUCCUCAAAAUGAAGAGAAUGUAAACUAAGGCGGCUGCUAAAUCCGCAAUAUAAGAAGGAUGAAAGAGAGGCUAAACAUAAUAAUCGUUGAAACGUGCGCAAUGAGGAGAAUGGAAGUUUAACCGAAUUAAAACCUAGGCUUAUACCUUGUUGAAAUCUAAGCAUUCGUUGAAAUGUGCAGUUUGAGAAAUAUGGUAGUGUGGUCGAAGAUUGGAGUUUUUUGAAACCUUUGUUUAAGCCAUUCCCUUCAUCUCUCUGGGUUGACUCUUAAAUCUUUGGUGGGCAGUGCGAGUUCAGGCCAAAUCCAUGUAUCAUGUUUUCAGGAAUGAAGUGCUAGAGUGAAGAGGUCUCACGUGUGUGCCGAAAACUUGAAAUAAUACAGUCACGUAACAUGGAUUUCCAGGAACUACAUUUGACUGCUGAUAUUUAAUGACAGUUUGCAUUGGAUGAUUAAGACAAUUAAGACAAACCUGUAACUGGGUCUUACUACAUUCUAUGUUGAUUUCAGUCAAAAGUCCUAGUCCAGCCGAGUGAAAGAUAACCGUAACUAUGCUAACAAUACAACGUCUAACAGAUGUCCCUUCCCAAGACGCUGGGUAUCUUACUAUCUGCACUUAGAAUCUCUGUAGCAUUUUCUACCUAGCAUUGUGUCAAUCAUCCAUCACUUUUAUUUUAACCAAUCAACUCCGGUUAUGAUCAUAUCGAGUAUUCCUAGUCCUAUAAUCCCUAUAGUGCAUCUACCGCUUUUUACGCUCGCUUUACAUCACUGCCAACUCUAGAUAACCUUGGAGCCUGUGCGAUGCAUGUGGGCUCGAUUAGCCUUAGUCUCACCACUGGCGUCCUUGUACAGACCUGUAAUCAGCAUUUAUCAAUAAAACCAAUUAAUGAUAAUCAUGCUGAACAUUCUUUAGAUAGAAGGGAUGAAUGUGCGUCAAGUUAUAGGAACAAAAGUGGAUACCGACAUUUUGUAUGGAACGUAGGAAGCGACGCAUGCGCUGUAAAGAGUAUAUUCUGAUCCACGGCCCGGCAAAAAACUUCGAACAGACAGGGGUGUUAGCCAUCUGUAACCUUUGCUCGCAUGACGUGGACUUUUCGCUCGUCAUGCAUAGCGGACGAUUUUUAUCCGUGAAGAAGCCUCCACUGCGGAGAAUAUUCGGCAACUCGAAAAGGGAAACAUGGCUGCCUGUUCGAAAACGUAGCAUGUUUAGGUCCUAAAAUGACCGAUUUUGGGCAAAACAGAAGUCGAUUGUGGUCCAAUAAAUGUGCGACCCCCUCGGUCAUGGAUCGCGUAUAUACCUCGUGGUGUCUUCAGCUACUUAUACACUGAGUAUUCCUAUCAUUUAUUCCUGAAAACCUUCUAGCGGAAAUCUGCUGACUAAAGCCUAAGAUUCAUCAUGGUCACUGAUCGAACUUUGCUUCACAGAAAUUAUGUAUGCAGUGAAGAUAGUUCUUCCUUAGUAUUGUAUCCUCUAAUAUAACACUAUUCGCACGAUUCUAAUAAAACAAUAGUUUUCAGCGCUAUUUA